AGGCGAGCGAGCAGCAGCUCCGGGUCUGCCCCUUUCCUGUUUUCUGUUUUGCAGCUCCGGUUUCAGCCCUGGCCCUGCACAGGGCCCCCGGGGCCUGCUGGGCUGGGACAACCCACCCGCAGGGACACCCGUGGGCAGGGGCACCCACCCGCAGGGACAUCACCGCCGGGAAUGGGACACCACCGGGACAGGGACACCACUGGGACAGGGACACCACCGGGACAGGGACACCACUGAGCCGGAGGUGCCAUGGGCCUGAGGAUGAUCCCGCGGCUGCGCUGGGCAUGGCUGUGCCUCGGGGCCCUGCUGGCAGCCCCCUGGGGGAGGACCCCCCAGUUCCUGAUGGACAUGAGCCACGACGCCUUUGAUGACCAGUACGAGGGGUGCACGGAGGCGAUGGAGGCGGUGGGGCCGGCGCUGCUGGCGCAGGAGCAGGCGCGGGGCAAGUCCAGGCUCUUCGGCAGGGUCUGGGCACGCGCCGGGGAGCGGUGGCAGCAGGUGAAGGGCUCGCUGGCUGCCCGCCUGCCCCGCUUCAAGGAUGAGUACGGCCAGGCCGUGAUUGCCUACACGGACAAUGGCCUGCACCACUUCUUCAACGCGGCCAUGCGGGCCGGGCGGUCGCGGGCUGCUUACAACGCCAGCUUCCCCUUCAAGGCGCUGCAUUUCUACCUGACCAGAGCCCUGCAGCUGCUGCGGCGUCCCUGCGAGGCCACCUACGGGACACCGGUGUACCGGGGCAUCGCCCACACCCGCUACCAGCUGCAGGGCGCCAGCCCCUUCAGGUUCGGCUCCUUCGCCUCCUCCUCCUUCAGGAGGGAGCAGGCAGAGAGCUUUGGGCAGGACACGUUCCUCAGCAUCCGCAGCUGCUUUGGGGUCCCCAUCCACGCCUUCUCCUUGUACACGGAGGAGGAGGAGGUGCUGAUCCCUGGCCACGAGAUCUUCUGGGUCUUCCCGGACAAGGGCAGUCACCGCUUUGUCCUGCGGAGCACCAACAGGACCUGCAGCCACUUCAACUGCGCCUUCCUGGGUUACGAGAAGAGCCCGGAGUGCAGGGGCAGCACAGCUGGUCCCAGGCACAGAGAGGAGCUGUGAAGGGCAGCGCCCAGCUGGUGGCCUGGAGGAGAAAAGCCAGUGACCAUGCAGAGAGCGCCUCACCCGCCGUCCUGCCUCAUGCACCUCUGGGCCCAGUGACACCAGUGCCGGGCUGGUCUGCUGGGGCUCACCCCGGACCGUGCUCACAGGAGGGCACCCGGCACCAAGCAGCACCCAGCCCCCAGGACAGGGGAAGCUUUGUACCAGUUCACAUUAUUUUGUGUUUUUCCAGCUUCCCAUUUUUAGCAACUUCGCAGCCAGACAAGGCUUGCACCCUCACCUGGACCCAGCCCCAAAACUUCACAGGUGGUUCCACGUCUCACGGACUGCUGGCAAUGAAAGCUCAGACCCAG